AUGGAAGACACUACAAGUCAUCAAGGACAAUUUAUAGUUACUUGUCAACAUAAAUUACCAAAAGAAGAACGAAUUGAAGCAGAUGGAACAACAAAAGAAGUUCAUGUAGUAAUAAAACAAAGUUCAUUUAUAGUUUCAAUCUCGUCAGAGAGUAUUACAUUAGAAGGGUGUAGUGUUGAUUGUUCAUUGGUAUAUGACAAUGAUGGAUUAACUGAAGUUCAUUAUAUUAAUCAAAAACCAAUUUCAUUUACUGCACAACUGUCAUCACCAAAUAGAAUAACAUGUGAUGUACGUAUAUUAGUAUUAUCAAGUCAACAUGAAGAUAUGUUAUUUAAAGUAAUAUUUAAAUUAACAAAUAAAAUGGGGGAAGAAAUUGCAACAUUACAUUCAUUUCCUAUUAGAGUUAUUUCAAAAGCUGAUGGUAAAAAGAAAGUACCAAGUUCUAAACCUCCUAAACUUCCUUCUUCUAUUAAACCAGAACAAAAAAAUAAAGUUCUUACUCAACCUCAUCUUCCUGUGUCAACUCCUGUUGUUCAACCUCUUCCUUCUCCUUCUCAACAAAAUUUAGAAAUACAACCUGCUGCUUUACAAAAUGCUAAUGAACAAACUGAAGAAUCUGUAUUACAAAUAUUACAAUACCAACAAUCAAUUUUACGUGAUUUGACACAACAAACUAAUGCCAAUCCUUUAAGUGCCCCUUUGGUAGGUAUGAUUAAUUCUUACCAACAACUUCCUCAAAACCAAAGAAUUCCACAGUUAUUAAGAAUUAUAUCAAGUCUUAAUCCUCAAGAAAAUGCUUUAAUUAGUGAAUUAGUAUCUUUAAUUGUUGGUAUCAAUACAUCUGUUCAAACAAAUCCUCAACAACAAAUAGUACAACCUUUCCAAACUUUCGCUCAACCUGCAUCUGCUUAUCAAAAUAAUGUUCAACAAGAAUUUAAUACUUCAAGUAACAAUAUCACUAAUCACUUUCAACAAUUACCUGCCCCUCCUAUCACAGUUCCUAUACCUACUUCUACUUCAAAUCAAACAAACCAACAAAGUGUUUCUAGAAAUUCUCAACCCCCAUUAUCAGAUAAUGCCACUUCUCAACCUCAUUUCCAAACUUCUUCUCCACAUUCGUUUUCACCACAACAUUAUUCGUUUAAUGGAAAUAAUGACACUUCAUUUUAUCCAGAUUCUAGUAAUAAUUGA